UAAAAUACACAGUAAACUCCGUUAGUGUAUUCAGCUGAUGUACUGUGCAUCAACUCUUUUGUACUAAUAACCUUUAUUUAUGUAGCACCUUUCAUCUAGCUGGCUCCCAAAAUGUUGUACGUAUUUAACAAAUGGUAUACAAACUAUACACCAGGAUCAGUUCUCUAAGAUAUACUCCUCUUGGGUAGAAUGCAUUUCAUAGUACACACAACACUACGUAACAGUUUAGAAUAUAAAUUUAUUUUUUUAAAAAGUCCAUAUGAAGCUGGAAUUGGAGCAGGAAUUUGGGUAAAUAGAAUAUAGUUAACAAAUAGUGCUAAAACAAAAAUCUCCUUGUUCUUAUACUUCCAGUGUCUUCACAUGGCAUUACCUGAAGAAUAAUUACCGGAUGAAAUUACUAGCCUGAGGAGAUGGUAGUUAGUUUCCCAGGUUGUUCUCUGCACUUAGAUUGUUAGUGUUAAAGUAUUUGUUUUUAUUUUUGAAUAGCUACAUGUUUUAGAAAUGGAACCUGCAGAAAAAUCUAUCCUCUGUGUGAUUGAGGGAGGCCAGCUGAAGCAGGUUUGCUUAUGCUUUCUCUCUCCUCCAGAAUGGCUGGCACUGUGCUUGGGGUGGGGCCAGGAGUAUUUAUUUUAGCGCUGCUCUGUGUCUUGAUGUUGCUGCUCUGCAUGCUGUUAUCCAGGACCUCCGGUCUUGCAAGAUUCUCUGUCAUUAUGGUUUUCUUCUCUGCUGUGAUCGUUAUGUUGGUUCUGUUACUUUUCCCUCGUGCCAGUGAGUUCCCAGCACCAGCUACAGAAAUGAAGAUCGUGGACACCUUCUUCAUUGGUCGCUAUGUCCUGGUCUCCCUUCUCAGUGUGACAUUUCUAGGAAGUCUGUUCCUGGUUCUGGUUCACCAUAUCUUGGAGCCAGUGUAUGCUAAACCACUCUGAGUUAACUAGCUAUUCUGAAGAAGGGAAUUCCCCAUGCUCCAAAGCAGACAAUGUGUUAUCAGUUGGGUAAAGAAAAUAUGCUCCCCAAAUCUCUCCAGAAACCUUUCUUCAAGUGAUGUUAUGAGACCUACACUGAUUUCCAGAAUCAGCAUCUGCUUUCUGGGGCCCUUGCAUCUCCAGAAUGAAGUUGUAGAAUGUGUAUGCUUUGGACUGGAUAAUUACCAAAUGUUGCUGCUGUGUCUUUUGAAGCUGAGAACUGUUUCCUGGCAGAGACAGUCCUGUUUACAGACUUUAUCGUGUGUCUCCAGUAUUUUUUUUUCCAGGGGUACACCCAUGGUCUCUGUUCUAUGGAAAUUUAGCUGCUCUUGCUUCUCCUAUUCCUCAUCUACAGUUGUAGUCCUGGCUGAAAUUUCCUAAAAGAUCUGAUCCUUACCUGAACCACUGGGGUCUAAAAGUCAGGCUGGAAAUCUUUCCAACAAAGGAGGUGGUGCAGAAUGCCAUGAUGGAGGCCUUUCCUGGUGCUGGUGCUUUUGGCUAAAGGAAGUAUGGAAAUAAAUAAGGGGAACUGAACUUGGAGGCUUUAGCCCUGUUCAGUUUGAACUGUGGGUGUUAGAAGUUUGGGUUGGUUCACCUGUCCCUGCCAUUUUUGGCAUUGUAAUCCUUCUCGAAACACCUGAGAAAUGAUUUCAGAGGCAGAAGCAAGUGGAGAGGGUAAACUCAUGGGAAAGUGAGAUCCUAUUUUUAUGGCAAUAAAGAAGCAGGAACAGGAAGAACUAAAUGUUCCUCAGUUUCCCUGGCUUAAAAAGCACUGACGUGGCAGUUCAAAGGUGUUGCUUAGGCCCAGCUCUGAAUCCAGGGGCUCUUUCAGAGACACUCUGGCACAAGCAAAUGGAUCUGUGUUGCCAUUCUUGAGCUUGCCCUGAACCGGGGUUUACUUUGCUGCCUCCUUGCUCCCUUGGAGAGGGUCGGGGAGGGGAUUGCGAGCUCCUCUGUCCAGGGAGCUGAAUGUGCAUGUCACUAGAUAUUCCCACCAGCAUUUCAGGGAGGAAAACCUGCUGCAGAAGGUGGAACCACUGAAGGGAGGCUAGGGACAGAACGGUGGGAGCAGAUGUGGGGACCUCUUCCCCCAUGCUCUUCUGUGGGCUGAGGCGAUCUGGCCUUGAGCCCAGAGCAAGAGUGAAGUUUUGAAAAGUAGCUUGCAUAAAAACAUAACAUUUGAAAAAUGCUGCAGGAAGAGGCCGUGGAGGAAAGGGUAGGACACGCUGAUUUCCAUACAUGACUAGGCCACCUGGACCUAAACUUUCUACUGUAAUAAAAACCAUCUUUGGGCUGGGAAUGGGGCCUGAGAAAUUGUAGCCCAGAGGGUUUUUUCCCAGACCCAUUCAAAGCCCUGUAUAAUGUAUAUGCCACCUUAGACACUUCCCUAACACCCAUGGCACUUGACAAAAACAGCUGCUAUGCAGCUAGAGCAUUUUAAUAAAGAAAUCUCACGCUCAUUCUAGGGCUAGGCUUUGUCAUCAGCUCUUUUCUUCUCCUCUAGGUAUUCCUUUGCACUCUGUUUUAUUUAGUGAAUUGUAUUUAAUGGAUCCCCAAGGGCUUAUUUGUUGCCCUCCCUUCCUUCUUCAUGCAAGUGCAAAACUAAUGAGUCCCUCUGAGAAGCCACUGGCUGACUAGUUCCUAGAGGACAAAAUAAAGAUUAAUGUGUUUUUUAGCAAUUUGAUGACCGCUCCAGUCCCCAUAACUGUGGAGGGGCCUUCACUUAUGAGUGAAGCUGAAGGCUGGAGUUCUGGUGCCACUCAU